UAGAUUUGUUUUUUCUCCUCGGAGUACCGCGAGAAACGUAGAAAUUGCCGGGAUGGGUGAAUCCGUGAACAAGGAUGCAUCAAGUGAGCAUAUCAAUGUCAAAGUUCAAGGGCAGGAAGGGUCAAUCAUCCACUUCAAGAUAAAGAAAAAUACCCCCUUACGGAAGUUGAUGAUGGCUUAUUGCGAUCGACUGGUUAGCAUUCAUCAAAACAAGGCUAAUUACAUUUCAGGGUUUAAAACAACCUACUGUACGAUUUAUUUUUGACGGAAAUAAUAUUCAUGAUACUGACACUCCUGCUUCGGUAAGUUCUUUAAUGACUUAAUAUUAAUCCUUUAGUUGGACAUGGGAGAGGAUGACACUAUUGAAGUUUUUCAGACACAAACCGGUGGCCUUUAAUCGUGAGGUCACACCACAGAAUUAUGUAUACAUUUCUGCAUUGUUUUUGGCUCAUCCAUAAACGAUGAUGUACUUGUCAAAUUUUCUAUUACGCAUUUCUCAAUAUCAUAAUCUAUGAAACUAUAUAAAUACACGUCUGUUUUGAUCAUAUGGA